CUUGCCAUCUUGUCGGGUGGUUGGGGUAGAGGAGCGGAGUUAGCUCCCUGUUAGCUCCCUGUUAGCGCACUGCCCCUGUGCUUAACUGGUUAUCUGUCAGCUAGCUGCUAGUAGCAGCUGCCAAAAGUGAGCUGUCCAUACGGCCAGAGGCAAAACUUGACCGACUCUGAGACGUUCUCUCUGUCUACCGCUGGAUUAUAUAUUCUUUUUCAAUCGCCGAUGGAUUUGUUUACAUCAUGAUGUCGCACAUGCUGGUACCGAGGUAGGGAAAACUAGCUAACAUCAGCUAACUUAGCUAGUUGGAGAGAAAUACACAUAUAUAGCAGAAAGAGAAGAGUGGGCUGAGAGACCGGGCCCGCCUCAGACUAAAGUACCGGUGGCAGCUGCUGAGCAAGAACUUUGACAAGGGCCUGUUUGCUACUCCGCUGCCGGGACACAAGAAAGGCCGACCGGGUGUUAGAGAGGCCGGAGCAGUCGCCCGUCUGCUGUGAACGUAGACCGCAGGACACCUCGGGAGUUUCAGAGGGUCUGGCCUCGGUUGUGACACUUUUCUCCGACAAGAGAGAGGAAGAGGAACGGUAUGGAAAUGAACUGUGACGGUACGUGUCUGUGUCAUAUCCCUCUGCUGUGAAUUGCUUCGCAAGACAUUAGUCCAGCACUUAGUUUCAUCUGGGGGCAGACAGACUUGACGCAGAUAGGCAACAUGUCGAAAAUGCCAGCAAAAAAGAAAAGUUGUUUCCAGAUCACGAGUGUAACGCAGGCUCAGGUGGCGGCCAGCAGCAUCACUGACGACACCGAGAGCCUGGACGAUCCGGACGAGUCCCGGACAGAGGACGUGUCGUCGGAAAUAUUUGACGUUUCUCGGGCCGACCUAGGGGUGUGUGACAGGAGUUCAUCCGAGGAAACUUUAAACAAUGUAGGGGAGCCUCAAGAGGGCCUGCCGCCCACCACGGGUCCUGUCAACGGGGGACUCGCCUAUAAAAGUUUAGGCACCGGUCGUGUCACCCCACAUAAUUUAGGAGGAAGUGUGCCUGUGCCAGCUACAGCUCAGCCCUUUGUUUCGAGCUCAGCCACCCAUCCGUUAACAGUCAUCAAUACGGUCCCUGCCGCCACUGUCUCUACAAGUGUGGCUCACACAGCCCCUGUUAGCGCCAGCUGUAGUUCCCGUUUCAGGGUCAUUAAACUUGACCAUGGUACUGGAGAGCCCUUCAGACGAGGCAGGUGGACAUGCACUGAGUUCUAUGAGAGAGAUUCGGAUUCAAAUGUGAAUCGGACUGUGGAUAGCAUAAAGCCGACUGUAACCCUUGAUCACAGUAUAGACAGGGACAGUGGGCUAGGAGCCACAGGUAACUCUGUGGUAACUAGCAGUGCUUUUUCUGCACAGGCUUCAGAGAACACCGCGGACAGUGGCUACUCUGUCGGGCACCCCGCCCAUCCCCACCCUUCAGAGCUUCAGCAGCAAGGCUACAGCUUGGCUCCUCAGGUAGGGAGUGGAGCAAGUGCCUUCCAGCCCACAGGGUAUACAACUACAGCGUCACAGCAACCACAACAGGCUCAGGUCAAUAUGCAGCCUGUUGCUCCCCAAACUUUCCUUUCUAACAGUCUCAACGGUGUGCACCAAGGUGCCAUGCAGCAGAAGUCUCCCAUUAUGCCUCCCGCUACGCAGACCCAGCAGUUUGCCUAUUCUACUCAUCCCACUGGCCUCUCAGCUGGUCACCCGGACUAUCGUCAACAGCACUUUGGCUCAAGCACUCAGAACCUUCCCAUGACGACCCUCCCUGUGGUGCCUCCAACUAACCAGGUACCGUCGCCUCUCAUCAACCCCGCUGGUCCAGGAGUUCAGGGGCCGGGUGGAGAGGCAGCCUCGGCCCAGGGCCUCCUGCUACACGUGAGCAAUGCACCAGCCAUGGCUCCCAUCCAUCCAGGGAGUGGCCAACAGCAGCCUGUUAGCCAGACUCAGCCUUCAGGAGGGAUGGGCAUUGCCCCUGCACCUUCCGUCACCACCACAAUUUCCCACAGCGGUGUUCAGAACGUGCCUGCCACAGUGCCCAGUACCACCAACACCCCUCCGGGUGUGCCAAGUCAAGUGCCUGGCACAGGAGUACUUGUCCAGCCCCAGGGAGCCCAUGGAGGAGCCACAAUAGGCCUUCCCUCCAGCUUCAGUAACCAGGCAGAAGAUAGUAGGCAGAAGUCUGAUGCCCUACCUCAGCCCAGUGCCGGUGUGGUGCCAGGGAAAGAUGGUGUAAAGCCUUUCAUCGGCGAGGGCCUCAACCUGCCCACUCCUGCUGUCAACAGUCUAUUCGGCAUCCACAUUGCCAUGGAUGUGGAUGAGGACAGGAACCCAUCCACCGCUUUCUACCAGGCUUUCCGGCCUAGCAGAUUACGAGGGUCAAAGCCCGUCAACGAUAGUGCGCCUGGUGCCAGCGUCGUAGCCAUCGACAACAAGAUCGAGCAGGCAAUGGACUUGGUGAAGAGCCACCUCAUGUAUGCUGUCCGCGAGGAGGUGGAGGUGCUGAAGGAGCAGAUCAAGGAGCUGUAUGAGAGGAACUCGGUGUUGGAACGCGAGAACGCCGUGCUCAAGUCGCUGGCCAACUCGGACCAGCUCAGCCAGCUGUCCAGUCAGCUCAGCCAGAGCAGCAGCAGUUCGCCGCCGCUGCAGCAGCAGCAACACCCGCUUGUCACAAACACCAACAACCCCCCAGUUCACCACGAGGGGAGUCAGAGCGUCCCUCAUCAGCCCAACAUCAACUCGGCGUGAUCCCCCUUCCCCCAGCACACACGCUCAAACACAGACCUCCCACGGACAGGAGUGGAAGAUCCUGUUAGAAAAAGACAACUACUACUACCGUCCCCUUAGCUCCAUAAAGCAAAAGCCUCGGCUCUGCGUUCAAUAUGCUCCAUUUGAGGAAAAAUCAACAGCAACAUCUUUGUUUGCCACCAAGAGCCAUGCUUCAAUGUGUGCACGCUGCCGUCACCGGGCCUUCACAUUAUUAAGACAUUUAACACCCCUUGAAAAGUCUUUGUUUUCGGCCUGUGUUUGGCUGCAGGUUUGCUAAAAAAGGAAGGAGGGGCAGGGGAGCCGGUGCGCACGCAUGCCGUUCUUGUGCGGGAGACGGGGGGGGGGGUCAAAGGGCACAGAGGGCUCGAUUUGUUGGGGCAACAAGUGGUGGAAGAGGAUGGUUCCCCUGCAGGGGUCCGGUAUGGUGGCAAGGGUCCUGUAAAAACAUCCGGCAGGGACCGUCUUCCCAGUAUCUCUACCCCACAUCAGUCCAGGGCUGGAAGAGGCCAGAGAAUCGAGGGAGAAGUGGGGGAGAGGAUUCGUCCUCCUCGAGCAGAGGAAAACGCCAGCGGGCGUCUCGGCAUGAGCGAAACAAGUCGAGAGCCUCGGCUUGUUAUAUGCUGCAACAAAAGCUUGUGUUGUUUUCUCAGAGCCACCAUACUUUGACAUGAAUCAUAAUACUUUUUUUCAUUAGUUCAGUUUUAGUAUUUGCAUUUAUUUAUUUCAGGGCUGCUAUUUUCAUAAUGUAAAUGAACAAUGUCAUGGAGAUACUUAUUAAAAACAAAAAGAAACCUUUCUCUUUGGUCUUUUGGUAUUUUAGAAUCUGUCAGGUAUUAAAUUUGGUAGUCUCUUGCAACAAGUAGGUCUCAAUAAGUAGGCAAUAAGUUCCAUUAAAGAAAUUUCUCUUCUCAUUAAAUAGUGCUAACACUAAAGCCGAGCUUGCAUUAGGUGAAAUCCAGGUUGAAUGUAUAUUUUGUAAAGUGUAAAGUAUUAAGAGCGAGGAGGGCUUGUACUGGAGGACACCUGUUAAGAUAUGAAAUAUGUGAUGGGAUGUUUCGGUAAAGAAAACUAUUAAUUUACUUUUUCUAGACUUUGUCAAAACAAAAAAUAGAAAUGAAUUAGGAGGUUUGGUUGGGGGAUGAAAAGCUGUGAAAAUUGUUCAACCUACUUUAUAACCAAAGACGCAAAGCUGUGUAAAAUUUUUUUUUUCUGCCCCCCUCCCCCCCCUCCAUUUUUAAAUGCACACUUAUAUUGUUUUCUACUCUCUCCAUCCCUAUAUUUUGUUGCUGUUUUUGCAUGUUCUGCAUGAUCUAUAAUCAAACCACUUUCUUACCUCAUGUUUUUAUCCGGCACUCUUAUCUUUCAAUCAAGCUGUCAGUCUGUGAAUGAUUGUGAGAGGAUUUGUGAAAGAGAGGGGGAACAAUGGGCAGAGAGGGUGGAGUACGUAGUAGAGGGUAAGAAUUAAAGAUAAAUAAAUAAAAAGAAUGGAAAGGUGUCUGUGUAGGAUGGAGGGAAGGGACUUGUGCAGAAAAUAGUAAGAAAAGGAGCCAUCUUUUGUUUCGGUUUGUUGAAUUUCAUUUGCAGAGAAAAGGUUUUGUUACAUUGCAAAUUUUAAUGUAUUUAAUAAAUGCAGCGUUUAGAUUUUGAUUGUAGUGUACCAACACUUUGCUUACAAAGAAAAAAAAAAAAAA